AUGGCUGUGAUUGAGAUACUUCAUCCUCGGCAUGGCUCCAAAAUAGAGAGUGAUGAGGUUAACGCACACAUUCUUGUGAAGAACUAUGAAAUGGGACUUGACGCAGGAUGUGCAGCGAUUUUUUUGAAUACACAUUAUAGAUACAAGAGCUGUGCAGCAGAAAUAAAGGUUACAUUGAGUAGCAUUAGACCUGGCAUGUCAGUAAUUGACAUCUCGCUGCUGGACUCGAAUGAUCGAGAGCUCAACCAUGCACCUUGGUAUAACUCCUCGAGGUCCUAUGGCAAAGAUAUCUUACAUUGGAACAAGAACGCCCGACCUUACAAACUCCUUGUGAGCUAUGGAACCGAGGCUUUCCAAGAUUCUUUGAAGACAUUGGCAGCAACUGCAAUCUCAAUUGGUGGUGUUGAUGGCGUAAAAAUGUUUGGACCUCAGCAUCUCAACCAAGACUUCACAUCUGCAAAUUCCAGGAUUUUCAACCAGAGAAAAGGGGCGGGGCUAUGGCUGUGGAAGCCAUACCUUAUCAAUCAAUCUUUGCACACACUGUCAGAGGGAGAUCUCUUGAUGUACGCAGAUGCCCAGCUUACCUUCGUGUCAAGUGCAACGCCGCUUUUUGACAUUGCCGAGGCGGAGGAGUUGGGUAUUGUUUCAUUUGGCAUGGCUCAACACAAGGAGUACGUGUACACCAAGGAGGAGGUUUUAUUCGCUUUGAAUUGUACGGAGGAAUGCAGAUUUUCGGGACAACGGGCUGCUACUUUCAUCGUUUUCCGCGUGUGCGAAAGUUCAAAGGAAUUUGUGCGUCAAUGGCUAACUCUGUCUCAGAAUUACAGCUUGAUAUCUGACGAAGAAAACGGGGCCCAACAACAUGAAGAAGUGCUCUGCAAACACUGGGGAGUGCCUGCAUACAGGGUUCCAACGCAGUACGGGGAGAACGCACUCGAAAAGAAUAGCAUGCAUGGCAAGUAUCCUCAGAUUUUUCAGGCAAAGUGA